AUGCGAAAACGAACUAUUACCUCAAGCGCGAGCGCGCUCUUGCUCUUGCUGGCCUCACUCGUGAGUGCAAAGCAUGCGACCCAUGAGCAUCUCAAUGCUCUCCAUAAGAGACACCGAGCGUCCAGAGAACUUGGCGUCAGAUCUACCUCAGAAGAUGGAGAUAUGGGAGUGGAGAUAAGGGCUAUCUCUGAAACAACAGCACCGAAGGUUGAGAAACGUGGAGGACAAUGCGCAUUUCCAUACGAUGCUGGUUUGGUCCCAGUCACGCCGGGUCAGCAGAACGCGGGUUGGGCUAUGAGCCCUGAUCAGCCUCCUAAACCAGGUUCCUACAUGCCUUAUGCUUGCCCACCAGGUCAAGUCUCUAUGCAGUGGGAUCCGAGUGCUACCAGUUAUUCAUACCCAAAAUCCAUGAAUGGUGGAUUGUACUGUGACGAGAACGGCAAUGUCGAGAAACCAUUCCCGAAUAAACCAUACUGCCAGGCAACAUCCAAUAACAUCGGCGUUACAAACAAAGCCGGAGGUGUUGUUUCUUUUUGUCAAACUGUACUUCCAGGCAAUGAAGCCAUGUUGAUCCCUACUGCAGUAUAUGACACCGCGAGCCUGGCUGUUCCAGACCCAAGCUAUUGGUGUUCUACUGCGGCACACUACUACAUCAACCCUCCGGGAGUUGGUCCUGACGACGCGUGUGUAUGGGGAUCGACCGCAAAGGCGGUUGGCAAUUGGUCUCCAUAUGUUGCAGGUGCUAACGUGGACGCAUCUGGACAAACUUUCAUCAAGUUGGGAUGGAACCCAAUAUACCUGGAGCCAACUACGCCAUUCCGCGACGAAGUCCCGAACUGGGGUGUAAAGAUUGAAUGUGCAAAUGGAGGCUGUAGCGGUCUUCCUUGUGGCAUCGAUCCUAGCCAAAAUCAGGUCAAUCAAAUGUUGGGAAGUGCCAGUAAUGGUGCAGGAGGCGGUGCUUUUUGCGUAGUCACGGUCGCCAAAGGAUCCAGCGCCAACUUUGUUGUUUUCAAUACCGGUGGUGACAGUGGAUCUGGGUCAAGCUCUUCAAGUGGAAAUGGAAACCAUGGAGGUCAAUUUUAUGCGUCGUCAACUACCUCUGCUCCAUCGUCUAGUGCGCCAUCUACAACAAGUGAUGUGACAACAAGUACCGAGCCGACAACAAUUUGGUCGUCGAGACCCAGCUCCAGCUCCCACCCUUGGGGUGGUUGGGAUAACGACACAUCAACUGCUUAUACCUCAUCAUGGGCCCCCAGACCUUCCCAGUACUACUCCCUUUUCGACUACUCGACUGCGGCUACAGCUACGGAGACUGCCGUUCAGACAGAAUCCAGCCAGGCACAACCCACGGCUGCUGCAUCAUCAACAACCGGGCCUCAGCCAUCCAUAAAGACAGCCACCGGUGCUGCAUCACUGGCCCAAGCAUCACUUUGGAGUCUCCUGUCAGGUGUGACUCUCUGUGUCCUCCUAUCAACGUAA